AUGCAUCCCGCUUCAACCACCUCGACGCCUUUUUCUGUGAGGGAUAUUUUGAGGCUGGAGCACCACCACGACUAUGAAAAUGAGUUUUUGAUGACCGACCAAGUUGUUCCGAUGCACCAUCCGCACGUGCACGUUGCGUCCCGGCAAACAGACUUCUAUGAGUGCCAGCCGGAGCCGUGCGUCUCUGGGAUGCCGGAGCUCGAUGCUCACAAAUCAGCAGCAGAAGAGGAGAUAAAUGAGCAGGAGAUGACCGGACUCCAUGGUUCACCUGACGAGGACAAAAGCGCAAAAAGCUGCGUCAGGCUGCGCAGGAAGCCCCGCGUCCUCUUCUCCCAGUCCCAGGUGUCCGAGCUGGAGAGGCGCUUCAGACAGCAGCGCUACCUGUCCGCCCCGGAGAGAGACCACCUGGCGCACCUGCUCAAACUCACCUCCACGCAGGUGAAAAUCUGGUUCCAGAACAGGAGGUACAAAUGUAAGCGGCAGCGGCAGGACAAGAGCCUGGAGCUGGCGGGGUUUCCGGCCGCCGGGAGGAGGGUGGCGGUGCCGGUGCUGGUUCGGGACGGGAGGCUCUGCGGGUCCCAUUCUGCGCCUUAUAAUGUGACUCUCGGACAUUACGGUCCAGUAUUUGGAAACAACAGCGUUUAUAGUUACCACAGUGUGUCUCCUUCAGCUGGGCAGAUGUCCAGUAACCAGCUGGUUGAUCUGGUAGCAGGUAACCCUGAACACGGACAGCUUCAGUCUCCUUUAAGAGGCUGGUGA